GGGCAGUAAAUGUUGUCGCUGCAGAAGGAACCUAGUGUGUCCACGUGUCUUCUUCCCAGUGAGACGAAUGCGCGGGCUACAUGGGAGGCAAGAAAAAAGCAUGUUCUCAGUCUUGGAUAUCCCUGACACAACCAGAUGUCACAGAAGAGAAGAGAAGGAAGCCAGAGGCUGCAGGCAUUCCACAUCCUGUGGACCAGCUUCCAGUGAGCACUUCCUGCACAAGAGACAAUGACUACUUUUGAGAAUGCCACCCGGGCUCUGGCUAGACAGCUGAACUCUGGAGGGGAUCUGAUACCCCUAGACAGUCUCUUCGACUUCCAACACUUCCAUCCCUUCUGCCUGGUGUUGAAGAAGAGGAAGAGCACACCGUUCUGGGGAGCCCGCUAUGGCCCCACUGACUACACUCUCUUGGAUCUGCUGGAGCCUGGCAGUUCUCCCUCAGAUCCAAAAGAUGGUGGGAACUUUGUCUUCAAGAAUACAGAGUAUACCCAAGGAGAGGUAGAUUUGAACAUGAAAAACAUGGUGGCUUUGAAGGGGAACUCGGGCCUGUCACGAAGUAGCAAACUGGAGGUGCAGAAGCUCAGCGUGCUUGACCCAGUUGUGAAGAACUUGAGCAAGGAGAGGAAACUGUCAGCAGACCACCCGUUCCUGAAGGAGAUGCGGGAACACAGGAAGAAUCUGUAUGUGGUGAUGCAGGUGGUAGAAACCAAGGAGGAAGUCACUCUGGAGCAAGCUGCCAAGGGAGCAGGCUUAUUAUCUCUCCCCUUCUAUGCCACACUGGGACUAAAGGCAUCUGUGAACCACGAGAAGAAUUUAACCAUCCCCAAGGGCUGUGUCCUGGCCUAUCGAGUGAGACAACUGAUGGUCAUUGGGAAAGAUGAGUGGGAAAUUCCACACUUUUUCAAUGACAGCAUGCAAACCUUCCCUCCUGUAGGUGAACCUCCAGGCAGUGGCUACUUCACGGGAAGUGACCUUCCACAGAAAGCUUUUUGCUUGAGCUACCCAGAAGAGCCUGGAGAACUGAAGGUCAUGUGGGAGAUACAGGAAGACUUCAAGACAUUAAAGGAAGAGGUUCAUCGAGAGACUCAAGCACUGGAGAAGUUUAGUCCUGUGGGGCGAAGCUCCCUACUCACUUCCCUCAGCCAUCUCCUAGGAAAGAAAAAAGAGCUCCAGGACCUUGAGAAGAAGCUUGCAGGGGCUCUAGACAAGGGACGGGAAGUGACUCUGGAAGCAUUCCCCAAAGAUGUCCUGCUGUCAAAGGAUGCUAUGGACGCCAUCCUCUACUUCCUUGGGGCUCUGACAGUGCUAAGUGAAGACCAACAGAAACUUCUAGUAAUAUCUUUGGAGAAAAAGAUCCUUCCAGUGCAACUAAAGCUGGUUGAAAGCAUCUUGGAGCAGAACUUCCUGCAAGAUAAAGAGGGUGUUUUCCCCCUGCGUCCUGAUCUGCUCUCAUCCCUCAGGGAGGAGGAACUGAUCCUAAUAACGCUAGCACUGGUGGAGCUAAGCGGCCUGGAAGUCCAGAGAUCAAGCCUCCAGUACACAUGGGAUCCAGACGCUCUCCCCCACCUCUGUGUCCUGUAUGCUGGUCUCUCCCUCCUUCAGCUGCUAAGCAAGGAUUCCUAAUGCACCUUCUCUGCCUGCUUCCCUAAUGCCUUCCCAGCCUUACUGUGCUCUAUCUGUAACACUCCAAACACUACAGAGCCUCCAGGCUGAGGACACCUUAAAUGCCAACUCAUCCACGGUCACCAAGUUCCUUCUGCCUCACCAUCUAUCUAUCGCCUUCUGUCCUCCAGCUCAGCACCCAGUAAGCCCAUCCCCUGAUGCUUACAUCCUGAAGAUACACAAUCAUUCAAACCCUUACAA